CUCGCUUCCGGGUAGGAGACCCAGCUCUUUAUCUUGAAGGGUUAAAAUCUCCGCUCUUUCCUCCCCAGUUUCCUCCGCUGCUCAAAUAUAAAGUCCGUUUGGUUUCCAACAAAGUUCAAAACUUUCGAAGCUUUUCGGAAUCUUCGGAUUCGGGUUCUUUCCGAAUCGCUGGCGGAGGGCGGAAAGAUGUCCCAAUUUUGUGACUAUGUCGCUCGCUUGGAAGCGGAGAGGAAAGUUCGAAUCUUUUGAACUUUGGAGGAAUUUUUGGCUUCUGAAUCCUUACAUAAACCCUAGCGGACGGUCCAAGCUGCAGAAUUUUGGGCGCAAUCCAAAUUAGGGAUUUUGGUGCUGUUCUUUUGCUGCUUGAAAUCUUGGGAGUGACCACUCCUGGGAUUCUCUUUUGUUUUGGGGCGUAAUUAGCGUUUCGGAGGUAGACUACUGAUGGGGGCACAGCAAUCCAAGGAUGAGUUGCUCUACCAGCAGGUUAAUCACGGCAACAUUGAAGGGAUCAGGGCUCUUCGCCACCAAGGUGCCGGAUUGGAGUGGAUGGACAAGAAAGGGAAGACCCCGUUGAUCCUUGCAUGCAUGAGGCUUGAUCUCUUGCAUGUUGCAAAAGCUCUGAUUGAGAUGGGUGCGAAUGUGAAUGCCUACCGACAUGGUGGUCAUGCAGGAACUCCACUGCAUCAUGCUGCGAAAAAAGGCCUUGAGCAAACCGUUCAUCUACUUCUCUCUCAUGGAGCAAAUCCGUUCAUCAUGAAUGAUGAUUGUCACAGUGCACUUGAUUUGGCUAGAGAAAAGGGGCACUACAAUGUUGUCCGUGCCAUUGAGAGUCAAAUAUGCCUUUUUUCUGGCUGGCUGCGAGAGCAUUACGGACCGAGCUUUUUGGAAGCAUUUGCUCCAAAAUUGAUGUCAAGAAAAAUUUGGGCUGUGGUUUUACCUUGUGAUUCCCAUAAUCCAACAAAGCCUCUGAAGUUUGAGUUAGCUAUAUAUCCUGAGCGGCAGGAGCGGAUUCAGCUGUCGGACUGGAGGGGAGCAAGGCUUCCAAAAAGAGUUCGAGUAAGAAAGCACCUAGGGAGCAACUGCAAUAACAAGAUCCCAGGGAGAUUUCAAAGCAAGUGCAGGACCUUAGACAAAAGACUACAGCUACCUAGGGUUGCAGAAAAUGACAGAAGAGAAUUAAGAGUUCAUUCUACUUUCUAUCAUCAGGUUGCGAAGCCUCGCAUCAUUAUUUCACUUUGGAAAGCUCAUAUUGAGGAACCAAAGUUCAACCAGCCAGAUCCAGCUUUGGUUAUUAUGGACAAGGCCACAAGAACGAGAUACAAGUUUUUAUCAGCAAAUGAAGGUGACAAGCAACAACUGCAGUGGUUCUAUAAUGCAUGCCGAGGAAUUCCCCAGCAAAAUUUCUCCCUCUUGCAGGUGAUUAAUAACAUUCCAGUAACACCAGCAGGUGGACCCGUGCCUCCCCCUUCACAAAUCAACUCAUAUGCAUCAGCAACAUCAACUGUCACACAUACAUCCAACCAGGAAGACACAGAAUUAGCCAUGGCCAUUAACGCCUCCAUUCAGUCAGCUAUAGUAGAGGGAGUGCCUAAUGUCCAACCAGUCACCCGCACCAGCAAUACUAAUGGCUGGGGCAGCUCAUCUAGUAAUUCUACUAAUAAUGGCUGGGGACCACCAGAUACUGCUCCACCAUCAACAUUGAAUGCCCAAGCACAUCUGAACGAGUCAAAUACCAGUGUAUACAAUGGAUGGGCUGCUCCUGAAGUUGGGCCAAAUAAUAGUGCAUCGCAGCCAGCCACGAGUCAAUCUGACACGCCAUUCGAUAUUCCAUCUCAGGAUGCACAUCCCACAGUUUUGGUUCCUUCUGCUCCACCAGUCACUGAUGAGACAUUUUAUGAUGGACCAAUUCACUAUCCAUCAAUAGAUUCCAGUCCUGUUGAUAUAAGCAUGCCUGCUAUCGAGAUAAAACCUGUGACUAAUGAAGUUAAAGAAGAUACUGCUAGUACUCCAAGAUUUUCCAAACCUGGGAAUGAUGAAGUUAAAGAAGGCAGUAGUAGUACUUCUGGGUCUUGUGUUAUCUGUUUGGAUGCCCCAGUGGACGGGGCAUGCAUUCCAUGUGGUCACAUGAUUGGAUGUAUGCCUUGCUUGAAGGAGAUCAAAGCGAAGAAUUGGGGUUGCCCUGUUUGCCGUGCCAAUGUAGAUCAGGUCAUAAAGCUCUAUGCUGUUUGAGUGGUCAAUCUGGAUCCGAACAGUCUGUAUAUAGUUAGCUACAUCAUGAGGAUGACAGAUCUUGGAUAUUUUAUCAUGAUGUACAAAAUAUUUUGACCCUACAAUUAAGUCAAUGACGCCUACGGGUUGCUCUGGAAUUCCAGUGAAGGUCAAAAUACAGUAAUAUAAUUUGUAUAUACUAUGGAUGCUAUCGGCAAGAGGAUUGUGUUUAUUUCCCACAUUCAGGUAUCCAAAGUAGGGCAAUGUUGUAUGUAGAAUCUGUAAUGCUGUUAUUGUGGAAAACAUUCUGUCUUAUUGUUCCAAAAAAUCAAUUUGUAUUGCAUGUCUGCCC